CCGCCCCUAGCCCACAGAAGGUUGGACCCUGCAGACCAGGCAGGCGGGAGCACCGCCCCAGCCAGACCAGACCAAGGGUCCUGGGAGCUGUAGCAGCCGCUUGGAAGCCCGGAGUCCCGCCAGCAAAUCCAGGGAUCCCCAGUGCUCUCCUGUGCACCCGCCCCCAGAGCUCGGAUCUCAUUAGGAGCCCUGGUGGCCACGCGGGUCAGAGGGCGGACGCUGCCCCGCGAAAGAGGAGGGGGACUGAGAAAGGGGAGGGUGGCCUGGGGCGUACUCGCGUCAUUCAGUCAUCGGACCAAUGAAUAACUGGCCUUGGAGGCGCUUCGGACCAAUAGGAGGAAAGGGGGCCCUGUGAGUGGCAUUAAGGGAGGGCAGGAGAGAGGGAGACUAGGAGUGAAGUUGAGGGUAAAACCCUUUAGCUAUAAAGAAGUUAUUUGGCGAGUAUUUUUUUUUUUGCUUUCAAUUAGGCAAAAUAGCAACUUCAUGACAAUUACCAAAGAAGAUUAUAAGGCCAUUUUACCUGAACCAAAACCUAUAAUCUCUUCUUCGUCCCCCUCUCCCACGCAUCUCCGUAAAAAAAAAAAAAAUCCAAACCGUAAACCCUAAUGAUUAAGAUAAAGGAAGCAGAAACUCUCUGCAUGUGAACAGCAGAGAAGAGAGCAAAGUUUCUCUAGUUGGAUGGUAGAAAUGGUUGCAAUUAAGAGUUGGUCUCCUUAUCUACCGCAGACUUCGGGGACUAAAGUGGCUUGAAAGAAGCUGCAUCCGAUACCUGAUCCACCUUCAAGAAACCAGGGCCGUCCUUGAGGCCUGGGGAUUGAGAGCUGAAAAAGAAAAAGACGGGAAUUAUUAUGUCUGUUUUCCGAGUACUGGUGUUUGCCGCCUGGAAUAGAAGAGAAGCUUGGUUUCUCGAUGGUCCUAUUGACAUAUAGUGCCCUACAGAUACACUUGGAUUCUCGAAUGCAUUGGAAAAUCAUCUUUCCUAUCAUCUUGUCUUCUAGCUUUUGGUUUUGUUUUACUUUGUUCAUUUUUUGGUAAAUGUUUUUUAUUGUUCAGUUCUGGACUUUUAUUGCUAUCAUCUUUCCCUCCAGUUAAAAAAAAAAAGACUUAAAUGACUCCAUUCAAGGUAUGCUUUAUGUUUUUGCCAAACAUGACCUGUAGCUGAAAGUUUCUGUGUUGUUGUUGUUGUUGUUUUUGAUGAAUCUGAAGAGCUUUAAUUCAAAGAAGAAAGGGGGAAAAAGACACAAUGAAAGAGAAGUCCAAAAAUGCUGCCCGGACUAGACGGGAGAAGGAAAACAGUGAAUUUUAUGAACUGGCUAAAUUACUGCCUUUGCCCUCAGCCAUCACCUCUCAGCUGGACAAAGCAUCCAUAAUCAGGCUCACCACCAGCUAUCUAAAAAUGAGAGUGGUUUUCCCAGAAGGGCUUGGAGAAGCGUGGGGCCAUUCGACCCGUACCAGUCCUUUGGAUAACGUCGGUCGGGAGCUGGGGUCCCAUCUCUUACAGACUUUGGAUGGUUUCAUCUUUGUGGUGGCUCCAGAUGGGAAGAUCAUGUACAUUUCAGAGACUGCAUCUGUCCAUCUGGGUCUUUCUCAGGUAGAACUGACCGGGAACAGCAUUUAUGAAUAUAUCCACCCAGCAGACCAUGAUGAGAUGACUGCAGUGCUCACAGCCCACCAGCCUUACCACUCUCAUUUUGUACAGGAGUAUGAGAUAGAGCGUUCCUUUUUCCUGAGAAUGAAGUGUGUCUUGGCCAAGAGGAAUGCUGGUCUCACUUGUGGGGGCUACAAGGUCAUUCACUGCAGCGGUUACCUAAAGAUCCGUCAGUACAGCCUGGACAUGUCACCUUUUGAUGGCUGCUACCAGAAUGUGGGCUUGGUAGCCGUGGGCCAUUCACUGCCCCCCAGCGCUGUGACCGAGAUCAAACUACACAGCAAUAUGUUCAUGUUUCGUGCCAGCCUGGACAUGAAGCUCAUAUUUUUGGAUUCCAGGGUGGCUGAACUAACUGGCUAUGAGCCGCAGGACCUGAUCGAGAAGACCCUUUAUCAUCACGUUCACGGCUGCGACACCUUUCAUUUGCGCUGCGCUCAUCAUCUGCUGCUGGUGAAAGGGCAAGUGACAACGAAAUACUACCGGUUCCUGGCGAAACACGGGGGCUGGGUGUGGGUACAGAGCUACGCCACCAUCGUGCACAACAGCCGCUCCUCAAGGCCUCAUUGCAUCGUCAGCGUCAACUAUGUCCUCACAGAUACAGAAUAUAAAGGACUGCAACUCUCAUUGGAUCAGAUCACAGCCACCAAACCAUCUUUCUCCUAUACCAACACCACACCCACCAUAACUGAUAACCGAAAGGGGAACAAGCCCCGCCUCUCAAACACAAAAUCAAAAUCCAGGACAUCUCCCUACCCACAGUAUUCUGGAUUUCACACUGAAAGAUCUGAAUCGGAUCAUGACAGUCAAUGGGGAGGAAGCCCACUUACAGAUACUGCAUCUCCACAGUUACUGGACCCCUCAGAAAGGCCCAGUUCCCAGCAUGAUGCUUCAUGUGCCUAUAGACAGUAUUCAGACCGUACUGCUCUUUGCUAUGGCUUUGCACUAGACCAUUCCAGGCUGACAGAUGAUAGGCAUUUUCAUACCCAGGCCUGUGAAGGAGGCCGUUGCGAGGCGGGUCGAUACUUCCUUGGCACCCCACAAACUGGAAGAGAGCCCUGGUGGGGCUCUCGUUCAGCACUGCCCCUAACCAAGUCCUCCCCAGAAAGCAGAGAAGCCUACGAGAACAGCAUGCCACACAUAACCUCUGUUCACAGAAUUCAUGGGAGAGGUCACUGGGAUGAAGACAGUGUGGUCAGCUCUCCAGACCCUGGCUCUGCCAGCGAAUCAGGUGACCGCUACCGCGCUGAGCAGUACCAGAGCAGCCCCCACGAACCCAGCAAAAUUGAAACUCUGAUAAGAGCCACGCAGCAGAUGAUUAAAGAGGAAGAGAACAGAUUGCAGCUCCGGAAAGCUCCUCCUGACCAACUGGCUGCCAUUAACGGAGCAGGGAAAAAACACUCCCUUUGUUUUGCAAACUACCAGCAGCCGCAGCUGACUGGCGAGGUCUGCCAUGGCCCUUCUCUUGCCAACACUUCCCCCUGCGAGCACCUUCAACAAAGAGAAGGGAAAAUGAUGAGCCCUCAUGAAAACGACUACGGCAGCAGCCCCACAGCGUUGUCUAGGAUAAGCAGCCCCAACUCGGAUCGCAUUUCUAAAUCCAGCCUGGUAUUAGCGAAAGACUAUCUCCAUUCAGACAUGUCCCCUCAUCAGACAGUAGGAGAUCACCCAGCAGUGUCUCCGAACUAUUACAGUUCGCAUCGGCAGUAUUUUGAUAAGCAUGCUUACACAUUAACUGGGUAUGCCCUGGAGCACUUGUAUGACAGCGAGGCCAUUCGAACCUAUUCCUUGGGCUGCAAUGGCUCCCACUUUGAUGUAACUUCCCAUUUAAGAAUGCAGCAAGACCCAGCACAAGGACACAAAGGGACAUCUGUUAUAAUAACCAAUGGGAGCUGAUGGGGUUUUUUUUCUAAAAAAAUGUGCUUUAAGGAUAUCUUUGAAACAUAGUUGGAACAUAUAUAUAUAUAUGUUUUAAUGCCCUUGUUACCAGCAUUUAAUAUACCACAGUAUGUUAGAGAGAAUAACCUAAGCUACUGGGUAUGAAUUGACACAUAUUACUGUAAAAAAUAAGAAAUGCACUAGCAUUCGGGGUUACAGUGAAUGGAGCUGAAGUGAACCUAUAUGUUGCCCCUGUGAUUUAUGGGAGCCCGAAUGGAUGAAGUCAGUUGACAAUACCAGUGUAGAUCAAGUGAGCAAUUUAUGCACAUUGUAUAAGAAGUACUAGUUGGAAACGCCACAGAGGGAAGACCCAGUGGGCUGCAUGGGCACAGACCGCUACUCACAAAACUGCUAUGCACCCUUGACAUGCAAACAUUUGGAAUGUACACCAUAAAAUGCACACGCCCCAAAUGGGCAACUUUUUGGAACCAUAACAUAAGAGGGCUUCUUCAGGACAUGAAGAAGUUACCGCUGUUCCCCAAAGCAGAGAAUGAGAGAUCUCAGAGAAGUGGUUUCUUCUCUGUAGUCUCUUAGCCAUUCAGACGCAUUUGAUAUAGGCAUACAUUAGGGGUAUGGUUCUGGAUAUGGCACUGGACAUAUUUCUCACAUGGUAUCUAUUAGAAGCAAUCAGGAAGUGGCAAUUUUCAGGCUGCUUUUGAGUCAUGCAAGGGGACGGGAUUGCACUAACAUAGAGGUAAGGGACUGUGUUAAGUAAUAGCAAUUAGACAAUACGAUGGAACGCGCACCAAGAAUUGAGGGCAUUCAAUUAGAAGAAAUUCAGGGGAGGCAAUGAGACCAGAAACAGAGAUAAAUGAAAAGCCUUCCAAGAACAGACUAUUUUGGGUUCAGACUGUGUGCCAUUAGUAAUCAACACAUUAAGAGUUUUUGAAAAAACAACUACAGAACAACCCACCAGGAAACUAGGCUGAUGUAGAGGAAGUGUGAAAAGUAAUUAAGAAAAACAAGGGAGGUACUGCAUGAAAUGAUUGGAAGUGUUUGAAAACAUUGCUAAAUAUGGUUGCACAAAUGUAAAAACACAUGGAAAGCCAGUAUAGUGAAGAAAUAAUCUGAUCCCGAGAGAAUGUGGGAGUCAAAAGCUUAGUUAGAAGAAGGCACGGGAGUUUGAGAUACAAUAUUCUGAAUGAAGGAACAGACAAGGUAUUGCGAUAUUUGACUACUUGGAUUUGUUGUUGUUGUUUUUAAGACAAAUACUGUGGGGAGAAUGAAAAAGAUCACUUUACUCUUGACCAAUAGUACUAGUACUGGUCAGAAAAUUUAGAUUCUAGUGCUGAUGCUAUCACUAACCUGCUGUGUGAAUCUGUGUAGAUCACAUAACCAUCCUUCCUAAUUCUCAGGUUUAUCGUUUAUAAAAUGGGGAGGUUACCUUAGAUAAUUUAUCUCUAAGGUUUUUUGCUGCCCUAAAAUCCUGUGGUUCAUUCAUUUGAGAAAAUUGGAUUUAAAUGAAAGAUUCUCUUGGUUUGAUCCAUCAUGCCUUGGGAAUGGCAGGGAUUUUAAUUUCUGGGUGGUAUACCACUCACACAGCCAUAUGGAUGGUCUGCAGUUGAAUCAGACCCUUUGAAUCUCCCAGGCCUGUUCAAUUCUGCCACAUAUGUUUAGACCUAGUCCAAAUGUAUAUGGCAGGAUCUGACAAAGGAAGAAAGAAGAAAGGUAAAUUUAGAUUUCAGAAAGCACACCAGCUUUGCUUAAUGAGAUAUGUUCUAGAAAUCCACAGAGAGUAUUAUAGGUGGUAUAGGGAGGUAGUUCAUAAACUUAUUCUUGACCCAUAUUUCCUGAUGUUCCUUUUCUCCAGGCAGAUAGUUCAUGGCUCCUUUAUGGAAAGUUAGGCAUUAGAGGAAUUAACCUUCAAACCUUUAAGAGAAAACACAAAACUGAAUAUUGAACAGAUUUAGAAUAUACUGUUAUCAUUUGACAAAGUACCCUUGAUAGUCCAAAGGCAGGAGUAGUUCUGAAUGAUAGUAAUCUGAAGGUCUCUGAGUACUGGAUUGUCAUGAGGAAAAGCAGCGGUCAAAUUCUUUUAAAAUCCAUGACAUUGAUAUGAAAUCCAUUUCUUGAUAUGCUUAGGGUGUCAUAAAAAUAGAAAGAUCAGAGUAAAGUAAUGAUUUUUUUUUGGUGCCAGCUGUAAAUCUAAAAUUUAAAAUCUAAAAUUAUUACAAUUCCUAGUUAAAAAUAAAUACAAUUCUAAGCACCGAUUUAGGUAUGAAUCACAAGUCUGAAGGCAUUUUUGGAGAAUGUUUGACAAUGUUGGGAUACUUGCAAUGGUAUUCUGGUAACAGGUAGAGAAAGGAUUUUUGAGGGGGGAAGUAGUAAGGAUUCAGCAAAACCGAGGAGAAAUAAAGAGCUAAAGAUGUGGGUGAGCUGAAAUAUUUAACAAAUAUGGUCUACUUCAGAAAGGAAGUUUGUACAGAUGGGCCCUUACUGAUGUGUACAUAUUCUACAGAAUAUGGCAUAGACAGAUGCUAGAAAGAGUAGUUGAAACAUAAGAACCAAGGAAAAUGAACUUAUACUAGAGGAAAGGCUGGCUCUAAAGGAAUUUGGGUGGAAUUUUUAUGUGGAGGCUAGUUAAUAGAUGGAGGAAGUAAACUAUGAAAUUUACAGAUAGAAGCAGCCUGAAUAAAUAAAACUUGUAAGAAAGGCAAGAGCAGCAUGUGUAGGCAAAGACAGGGACUGCCCAAGUUCUAUCUUGGCUGAAAAUUAUAGUUGGCCCAGUUAUAAGCACAUCUUUGUUCUAUUUAACAUACCAGUAAUAUCAAAAAUUCUCUAGUAACAAUCCUAUCACCUAAAAUUAAGAUAUAAUUUGGGAAAAGUGGAAUAAAAUUGUUCGUUGUUGUUAUUGUGUUUGGCAACAUGACAUGGGCAGAAUGACUUAGAACAAGUUCUACCAUGUUUCACCCUGGCAGAAACUUUAGUAAAGCAGCGUACAAAGAGCAGUAAACUGGGUUUCUAGUCUUUAUUAAUACAUUCAUCACAAGAAUUCAUUUCCCAUGCCAUGUAGACACUGUCUGUACCCUUUAUGUGUUUUAAACAGAAAAUAUAGGGCCACAAGAGCUUGAUCAGUUAAAUUUAUGCUCUGACUGGUCUUGGGUUUUAAUCUUUGUUUUCCAUCUCUUUGCUAAAUGCUGAGAACCAUGGCAUUGAACUUUAAAAGACAGUAUCUUAAAACACUAACCAUAAAGAAGCAUCAUUUGUAUACUACCUUAGGAAUAAUAAAUAGGUACUAUAGCCAGUGUCUCUGCCAAUAACACUAAAGUUUUCUUGGAAUUUUUUAGACCAAUCUUCCUAUUUAAUCCAGAAUUUUGCAUAGCUGAAGUAAUUGUGAAGAAUUCUCCUUUGGGUGUAGGGGGAACCACUUUGCUAAUGAAUGUGGAAGAUGCAGUAAAGUUUUCCUUAUUAUUUUCCUGAUUAACUGCACCACUAACCCGGUGCAGAUAUUUCAGGAUGUGUUUCAUCUCUUCCCAUAGGUUGACACACUGUGAUAAAUGGAAUAAGACUCUGUUUCUAUAUGUAGCUGCUCGAUACUAGCUAGUAUGGCACCUGUGGAAGUAAAACUACAGAUGAGGUGGGAUUAUGAACUAUUUGCCAUUAAUGUUAUUCCAGAAAUACCACUUAUACUUGGAGGACUGAGAAUAUGACCAUUUGGCCAGAUUCUUACCUCUCUUUAUGCCCUGUUCCAUCUAUCACAGCAUGGGGAAUUCCCAUUUAAUCAUCUGCUUUAUAUGAGAAGUGAGGUGAGUGGAUGAUUAAGAAGCAUUGAUUAAGUGCUUUAUAUAUGCCAAACCCUGGGGAGAGAAAGGAUGAUCUUCACCCAGAACAGGCAUGUUCUCUUUUUGAAAACAGGCAGACCUUUAUUGUUAUUGUUGUUGUUGCUAACCGAGACUAGAAAAAUGUCUAUGUCUAUGAGUACUUUAUAACAAUAAUUUUAAAGCACGUUUUCUCAAAACCUGGGUCAAAUAACCUCUUUGAGCCUUGGUCUCCUCAUUUGUAAAAUAUGGGGACGGGAUUACCUGAUAUGUUAUGGUUCCUUCUAGCCCUAAAUCUAGGCUCCAAUGGCAAAGAUAUGAGAAAGAAUCAAAGGUCAUUAUAUCUAAGGAUUCAGUUUUAUGAAUAUUUUGGCUCUACCCUUUUUCAAGAACAGGGAUCAGGUCCCUCUAAAUUUCCAGGUCAUUUUUUAUGAAAACCAAGAACAAAAGCGGCAUUGAAUGACCCAGAGGCUCAGAGAGCAUUAAGUGUUGGAUGAAUGCCUUGUUAAAUUAUUGUAUUGAAUUUGGAAAAUCAAAGACGUGGCUAUUUUGUGCUCCCUUAUUUUACAAAGGAGAUGUCAUAUGUACAUUGUAUACAUUCUAGUUUCACUUGCAUUUAAAAAACUUUAAAUUUCAAAAUUUGCAACCCUCCUCACUUUACUGGAACAAGUGAUCUAAAAAAACAUACUAUUUUCUAAAUAGAUGAAUGAUGAAUGUAAAAUUCCAAAAUGUUUCAAAGAGUAGCUGGUAUGAUCCAAACUAUGAUGUGUCAAUUUUGCGAUUAGAGACUUAAGUUCAAGUAGCCAAGUCUUUGAAAUGCCUUGUUUAUAUUCAGAAAACAAAUCAUCAUUAUGGUAUAUAACAAAUUCAUGACAGAUGAGUUCUGUAUGGGUGAAAGCAUGUGUUCUAUGGAGAAAACAGUUUGGGAAGGGGGAUUUUCAAUGUGGUGCUCAUUUUUUUGUGUGCAGGAUUGUACAGAUAGUGCUUGGCUCCAAGAGGGAAAGAUGUGAUCAUUUCUGAGAGCUUCUUUGGAGUUCCUACAGCAGGAUACCAUAAGGUAGUAUUAGCAAAAAAGUGUCAAAAAUAAAAACAAAAAUAUUUAACUGCUACGUUCCUUGAUAAACUGACAAAUCAUAGGAAGAUUUAGAAUUCCCAAAUUAUUUGGGGAAUUCAAACCAAAUUUGUAUACUUAAAAAAACUCCUGCAACUUUGCAAUUACCUACAUGGAACUAAGAAGUAUUAGUAAACACUUAAGUGUCAAAAAUAAAAACAAAAAUAUUUAACUGCCACGUUCCUCGAUAAACUGACAAAUCAUAGGAAGAUUUAGAACUCCCAAAGUAUUUGGGGAAUUCGAACCAAAUUUGUAUACUUAAAAAAACCCCCGCAACUUUGCAAUUACCUACAUGGAACUAAGUAACAGGAAUUUAUUUUUAGAAACCUAGGGAGAAGUUUGUCCUAAUCAACAUAUUUAGGACCCAGAAAUAUAGAAUCUUAAGAGUUGUAAGGGAUAUCAGUGGUCAUCUAGUUCGAUCUGUAACCUGAAAAUAACACUUCAUUGCAAUUGAAUUUAUGCUGAGUGACAAAUCCCAUUGUGUUUAUGUUGCAAAGGAAAUGAAGUCUGCUUGGAAAAUUAUUUUAGUGUUAUUGUAACAUUAAAAUUUUUUUCCAAAGAGAAACAUUUUAAAAUAUGAAGCAUAGGAAGGUACAUUUCAAAAAACAAGAUUUUCCAGUCUUGUUUUUGGACUGACAUUAAAAAAAAACAGAAGAAAAAGAAGAAAGGAUUAUAUUAUUGAUGCCAUGCCUUUCAAAAUAAAUAGUUUCUAGUGACACUGUGGCAAAACACCUGUGGCUGGAGGUUUUACUUUGGAAUGUAAUGUAGAAAAAAAUUAGCAACGUCAACAAUAUCUUGCAGAGUGUUCCCAAUUAUAAUUAUUUAUAUUGUAAAUAGCUUUCUGAAGUAAAUUUGAAGUUAAUGUGCAUAAAAUGUAUUUAUUAUGUGAAGAUUUUUUUGGUUUAAAAUAUAGUUACCAAUAUGC